AUGCCUAGCGCCACGGGAGCGAACUGGGAGAAGUACAAGAAGAACUUCGCUGACGAUGAAGAGCCGGAGAAGAAGAUCACACCUCUCACAGACGAUGAUAUCGCAGUACUUAAGACAUACGGCGCCGCUCCCUACGCAAACGCGUUAAAGAAGCUGGAGAAGCAGAUCAAGGACAAACAAGCGAGCGUAAACGAGAAGAUCGGUGUGAAGGAAUCCGACACUGGUCUUGCACCUCCACACCUUUGGGAUGUUGCUGCGGAUCGGCAACGCAUGGCGGAGGAGCAACCGUUGCAGGUUGCCCGUUGUACAAAGAUUAUUCAAGACGAGAAAGACCCCGAUAAGAGCAAAUAUGUCAUCAACGUGAAGCAGAUCGCCAAGUUCGUCGUGAAUCUAGGGGAGAGAGUCAGCCCUACAGAUAUCGAAGAAGGCAUGAGAGUUGGCGUCGACCGGAAUAAGUACCAGAUCAUGUUACCUCUCCCUCCGAAGAUCGACCCCAGCGUGACGAUGAUGACGGUCGAAGAUAAGCCCGAUGUAACGUACGGCGACGUCGGUGGAUGCAAAGAGCAGAUUGAGAAGCUGAGAGAAGUUGUCGAGAUGCCCUUGCUGUCUCCCGAACGUUUUGUCAACCUGGGUAUCGACCCGCCCAAGGGUGCGCUGUUAUAUGGUCCCCCUGGUACCGGCAAGACGCUCUGUGCUCGAGCGGUUGCCAACCGAACUGACGCCACGUUUAUUCGUGUUAUCGGCAGCGAGCUGGUUCAGAAAUACGUUGGUGAAGGUGCCCGGAUGGUCCGAGAGCUGUUCGAGAUGGCACGGACAAAGAAGGCAUGCAUCAUCUUCUUCGACGAAAUCGAUGCCGUUGGUGGUGCCCGUUUCGAUGACGGAGCCGGCGGUGACAACGAAGUACAGCGUACUAUGCUGGAAUUGAUUACGCAGCUGGACGGGUUUGACGCCCGUGGUAACAUCAAGGUCAUGUUCGCGACCAACCGGCCCUCGACCCUCGACCCUGCUCUGAUGCGUCCGGGACGUAUUGAUCGCAAGAUCGAGUUCUCGCUGCCUGACGUCGAAGGCCGUGCUAAUAUCCUCCGCAUUCACGCCAAGAGUAUGUCGGUAGAGAGAGACAUCCGAUGGGAGCUGAUCUCUCGUCUGUGCCCGAACGCUACUGGUGCUGAACUACGAAGUGUUGCGACGGAGGCGGGUAUGUUUGCCAUCCGGGCGCGCCGGAAGGUCGCGACGGAGAAGGAUUUCCUGGCCGCUGUGGACAAGGUGAUCAAGGGCAAUCUCAAGUUCAACUCCACAGCGACAUACAUGCAGUACAAUUAA